AUGCCUUCUGCGACAGGAAAGCUGCCCAUUGGCGAACGGGUCCUGCCCGCCCUCAUCGACGAGUAUGCUCGCGACGAGCCAGACAAAUGCGUCGCCGUCGUGCCGGAAGACGCCACGAUGGAAAAUUGGUACAACGUGACAUAUCGCGAAGUGCAGCAAGUUAUGGACAAACUUGCUUGGGACAUUGACCGGCAAAUUGGACGCAGUGAAACAUUUGAGACCGUGGUGUAUGUGGGCGCCAACGACGUUAGGAACAUGUGCUUCUGGGCCGCGGCGAUGAAAUGCGGCUACUGUAUCAUGGCCAUCUCGCCACGCAACUCAGCGGGAGAGCAACGCUUCUUGCUCGAGACGACAAACUGCCACCAGCUGUUCUACAGCAGCGAAAUGGCAGGGAAGGUCGAGCAAAUCAAGAAGGCUUUGGACUCCUGGAGAUUGAAGACAUUCCUGGUGCCGACCUAUGCCGAUCUCGUGGCUGCCGGCGCAUCGAGUGAUGCGAAGCCGUAUCCCUUUACCAAAACCUACCGGGAGUUGGCAGACAAACCCGCCUUCAUCUUUCACACGUCUGGCACCACAGGCAUGCCCAAGCCUAUCACGCUCGUCCACUUUUAUUUCGCCUCGUUGGACGGCGUGAAGCUCCUGCCGGUGCCCGAGGGCCACAAGGCCGCAGACUGGUCAGUAUUGAAAUCGGGGGACCUCUAUUUCAACGGCUUCCCCGCUUACCACCCUGCGGGUGCUCACUACACAUGUUGGUGCGCCAUCCAUACGGCCUCUGCAUUUGUCUCGCUUCCUCAUGAGACCCCUUUGAGCGAAGACGCCUUCUUGAAAGUGUUGCGGCAAUUUGAAUUCGAAGUCGCCUUCCUGCCACCGUCUUUCAUCGAGGAUAUCGCCCACGCACCCGAUGUUCUCAACGCGCUCUCUCGCGUUAAGUAUCUCUUUAGCAUGGCCGGUCCGCUGGGAACCGCCUCAGGAGAUAUAGUGAGCAAGCAUACAACGCUUCUCCAGCUCAUCGGGUCCACCGAAACAGGACUUAUUCCUGGCUUGGUGCCGAAAAAUUGGAGAGGUUUCACACAGAACCCCUACUAUGGCGACGAGAUGGAACUAAUCGAGGGGACCGAGACGUAUGAGAGGAUCCUCAGAAGAAAUCCGAAGUUUGAGAAAUACCAAGCAGUAUGGUCCACGUUUCCCGAUCGAACGGAAUUCCGGACACGAGAUCUGUUCAAGAGAGAUUCAGAGGACCUCAGUCUCUGGGUUUUUGCAGGUCGGACCGAUGACGUUAUCGUCCUCUCGAAUGGAGAAAAGGUUCAGCCCAUCUCUCUACAAACCCAGAUUCAAGACCAUCCUCUCCUGAGGUCGGCCGUGGUUGUCGGCCAAGGUAGAUUCCAAGUUGCCCUGAUCAUCGAACCCGACUGGCAAAAAUGGGACUCCAGUCUGCCCGACCAGGAGCUGAUCGAUGAAGUGUGGCCCACGGUCGAGAAGGCUUGCCAGUCCGUCACGGCGGUAGGAAAGAUUUUCAAAAACAUGAUCAUGGUCUCGAAGAAAGACAAGCCUUUUCCCCGUGCCGGAAAAGGUACCGUUCAGACGGCAAAGACCGUCGUCUUGUACAAGGAUGAAAUUGAGGAUCUCUAUGCCAAUAGUGAUAAGGUCGAGAACGCCAUAUCGUUGCCGGACCUGGUCAAUCAGUCGGCGAUAAAAGAGUUUGUCCGGCAGAUUGUGUCAUCAUUUUUGGACGUCGAUGAUCUGCAGGACGACGACCACCUCUUCUCUCGCGGGCUGGACUCGCUACAAACCUUGGGCAUGGCGAAGAUGCUACGUUCCGGACUCGAACCUAAACUCAAUGGUGCGGUCAAGAAUGGGAAGCCCAUUUUGACGCCCAGGACUAUCUAUCAGAACCCAUCAAUCACUGCGCUCACAACCCUAUUAAUCACUCUCCUGACAAGCGCGGUGGCUCUUGACUCGAAUGGGGCCAGCUCGCAGUUAGGGAACGUGCUACGAGAGACACAGAUAGAGUCCAUGGUACAGCGGUAUACCAGCGAUACCAUACCCAAAACAAAGAGGAAUCCAGCCCGCGGGAGACAAGAUGGUCUGCACGUCAUCAUCACAGGCACUACCGGCUCUCUUGGGCCACACCUUCUACACAGUGUGCUGUCCGACUCUCGAGUGUCCAAGGUAUACUGCUUCAACCGCUCAUCCGAUGCGCGGCAGAGGACGGAGCAGAGUUUCCAGACACAGAAACUGUUAAAUUUGGGUCCCAAGACGGAGUUCUUGGUGGUAAAAUUCGGUGCCAAUGACUUUGGCUUGGACAAUUCUAAGUAUCAGGAGCUGCUGGAGAAUGUGGACCUCAUAUUCCACAACGCAUGGGCCGUGAACUUUAACUACAUGCUGGAGACAUUUGAACAGACAUUCGUCAAGUCUGUCAGCGACUUCAAGGAUCUCAGCCUGCGAAGCGUCCAUGGUGCGCAUGUGUUUUUCGUCUCAUCGAUCGGAACGGUGGGAGGCUGGAGGCCAUCCCCGGACCGGAAUACUAAGACAGAACGGAUUACAGUACCCGAGUCCGUCAUGUACAACGGGUCUGCCGCGAUCCAGACAGGCUAUGCUGAGAGCAAGCACGUCUCGGAGCGCGUCUUGGCCUUCGCGGCGGAAAAUCUUUGUGUGCCCGUGAGUAUCGCCAGACUGGGACAGAUUGCGGGACCAACCACACCUCACGGCAAGUGGAAUGACGCAGAGUGGCUGCCGAGAAUCAUCAAGACGUCCAAAGCAAUCGGCAAGAUUCCUUCGACGCUGGAGGCCAUUCUGGGAGACGGUAUCGACUGGAUCCCCGUCGAUCUCAUAGCCGCCGCUUGCACUGAGCUAGGCUUCAAACGACUCGCCACUCAGGACACUGAGCCUCUGGACGUAUUCCACCUCGAGAAUCCGAAUCUGUCACAGUGGCAGGACCUUCUUCCUGCUCUCCAGAAAUACUUCGCUGCUAAAGACAGCCCGGCAGAAAUCGUCCCUUACAACGACUGGCUGGACGCGAUCCAACAAUAUGCCAACGACACAGGUGCCACCGCUGUUGAUCUGCCGGUUUUGUCCAUAUGGGAUUUCUACCAAGGGGCGAGAGACGCGCCGCAGCGUGUGAGGCCGGCAACCUCCAACACACAAGCAAAGUCGAAGGUCAUCGCCAACCUCGAACCGAUCGGUCCUGAAUCCAUGGCCACUUGGCUAAAGCAAUGGAGGUAUUAA